UAUUUUUCCCUCUAAUGUGUUUUCGUCGACGCUGCUCUCUGUAAACGUAAAAAAAGGAAAAGAAAGAAAGAGAAAUGUGAUAGUUGCAUUAUUUUAUUGUACGGUUCCGACAUGUCGACCGCAGGUCUCCUGCACGCUUUUCAGAGCCGAAUAACCGAACGCUUUACCAGCGUCGCCAUGGAGAUAUUUCAAGAAGUGGCGCAUGUUGUAAAAGGAUACCAAGAGGAAAACGACCGUCUGCGAUCCCUGCUGAACAAUGUGAUAAACGCACAGAUGAAAUCAUCCAAGAUUGAUCACGGUCGACUCAUAAGACCAUCUAUGGCUGUCAGAGAAAAAGCACCUGGGUUGAACACUCCUGCAAAGACUGAAUUACAGCAGUGUACUGAAGUCCAGAAAAUGGAGGAUAUGAAGCUGUUGAAGCCAAUGGUCAAUAUACCGGAGGAGGAGCAAGUAGACAUAUCAGAGCAAUUGGCUCAUAUACCUAAAGAGGAGCAAACUGAAAUACCGGUGUCCUAUGCGAACAAAGUAUCAGAACGGAUGGUCAACGAACAAGAAAUGGAUUUUACGAGAAGACUGGAACCAGAACCGGAAAGUGGGAUGGAAAACGGCAUUCUAUUGGAUUGUCUUGAAAGGGAAUCCAAAAAGAGACGCGUUGGAAGGCCUGACAUUGCGGUCUCUCGUCAGGCUGUCACGUUUGUUAACUUCGGUGCAGACACGGAGUUCCCUCAAGCGAGCAGGCGUGAAGAAAUCCCGAUCAAAGAUCGACCUGAAUAUUUUCAAUUUUCAUACAGAAAGAGACGUAUCCGAGAAGACAAGCCGAAGAGGAAAAACGUGAUGACCACCAUAGCAUUGAAAAAGGAACUUAUUGCCAAGUGGGAGAUGGGUACACGUGUUUCUGACUUGGCUGUUCAGUACAAUAUGGCAAAGUCAACAAUAUCAACUAUAUUGAAGAGAAAAGAAGCCAUCAAAGCUGCUGAUGUGGCAAAAGGAGUCAAAACACUUAGCAGCAGACGAACGGAUAAAGUUGAAGAGGUGGAGAAAGUUCUGCUUGAGUGGAUUACCCAUAAACAGUUGCGGGGCGACACUGUGUCAGAGACCCUAAUUUGCGACAAGGCAAGGGAGCUGCAUAAUGCUCUUACCCGAGACAACCCUGGAGGAAGUGCUGAUGAAUUCAAGGCUAGUAAGGGAUGGUUUUGCAAAUUUAAAAAAAGAAGUGGAAUACACGGAGUGCUAAGACCUAGAGAAGCCGCCAGGGUUGGCAAAGAAGACACAGAGAUUUGAGGAUUCAUUUCAAAACUUGUUUGUAAAGAGCCCUGAAUGUCAAAGAGGACCUACAUCAAUGGGCAGAGAACAACUUUUCAGGCUAACUGCUUCUCUGGGCUAUAACCAAACGACAUUAUUUGUACUGUAUUAGUAACCUAAAAAAAAAAAAGAAAAACCAUUAGUGGAAAAAAAUACUCAGCUUCAUUUUGAGGCCAUAUAUUCAAGCCUGGUUGGCCAGGCAGCUUUUUAAUUGAUGUUUUUUUUAAAAAGUGUCAACAAAUUCAUGACAGGGAAACACCUUCUGCUCAAAGAAAUCUUGAGUGAACACCUCAAGGAGGCACUUUUAGGUGACCUCAGGGAGAAACCCUUUAAAACCAAAUAUCACAUUGCUCGGGAUUUACUGAUAAUAGUGCCAAUCUGAUGCCCGAUACUCUGGCACAAAUACCACUUGACCUCCUCAAGCUGCUGUGUCUUCUGGGUAGGAGCCAUGUCAGCCGAGUAGAUAUGCUUUAAGACAAAAAAAAAAAAAAAACACUUGUACCUAACUGCAAGUUCUACAAAAUUGAUGAUGAACGCUGCUCAGGCACCGAAGGUGAUGACCAGUCCUGCAAGGGAAUCUCAUGGGCCCUGCAGGCUACCUCGUUGAUCCAGCCAGUGUCGUAUCUGUAUAAUUUGAAAGAUAAAAGCGGAAGAUCAGAAUUUUUGACAUAAGGCUUAAUCUUUGAGUUAGCGGGGCUUUAAUUAGUCGGAGUUGAUUUAGACAAAUUCCGUGCAGUUUGUUAGUUUUUUACUAAUUUCAGGGCUCCGGAGUGGCUAAGCUAGUGUGAGUCAAUGGUCCUUUCCUAGCACGCCAAUUAAAAAAAAAACGAUAUUAACAUAUCUAACAUGGUCAAAUACCUUGAAAAUUCAGAUCUUUGUUCAAAAUACCCAUGUAGCCAAAACAAUGUCAAACCAAACUGCUGUAAUUCAUUUAUUUCUGUGGGACUAUAUAUUUUUUUAGAUGCAUAACGCGACCACAAUAGAGAGCAGUGCUUUGGCUACUCGUGCUCAUUUUGGAUUUGAGGAAGGCAGGAAGUCGGACUUAUCACACUCGAAUGGUGCCUGUUGUGACUUGAAAGUGUUCCAAGCGUUUUUUAUUUUGGUCAUCAAAGACAUGUUGACGUCCAGAAACCUGGCUUCUCGUAGCGAUCAAAUAGUGGAGGAAAAAUGAGGGCUAAGGUUAUUAGACCACUCUACUUUUCAACGGGCAGCACAUUUUGUUGAGUGACGUCUGAUUGAAGCAACUCCUGUAGUCAGGGAACUUUUUUCCUGACUUCGCGACUAGGGCCUCCUAGUUCAAGUGGCGUUCCAUCUUCCAAUGAUAAUUUUCAUGGUCCGAGGUUAGAAAACCCAGAUUUUCCUCCUUCCUAGCAUGCAGCAUCAGUCUUCGGAGUCUUGACUGAAGAACGGCAACAUAGUGAAAUGUGCAUUAAGAGGCUGUGGAAACAGACGGAAGAUACGGGCAAAUGAGUUUCCACAAAUUCGCUAUGGAGAACGAGGAACAAUACAAACUGGAUACUUGCUGCUGGCUACUACGUAAAUACACCAGUGAAAAAAAUAUCACUUCGCUCUGCAGCCUGUUAAAUGUUGCUGUUCAUACUAGAGUUAUUGACAUGCAAUGGUAAGUUUUAAUAACUUAACAGCCAACACUAUUGAUUGCAUAGGUCAUUGGUAAUUUUUAUUCGUGCAUACAGUUGUGGUCAAAAGUUUACAUACACUUGUGAAGAACAUAAUGUCAUGGCUCUCUUGAGUUUCCAGUUAUUACUACAACUCUGAUUUUUCUCCGAUAGAGUGAUUGGAACAGAUACUUCUUUGUCACAAAAAACAUUCAUGAAGUUUGGUUCUUUUAUGACUUCUUUUAUGGGUUAACAGAAAAAGUGAUCAAAUCUGCUGGGUCAAAAAUAUACAUACAGCAACACGAAUGAGCAUUUCUGACUUCUCUGAGGCCAUUUAAAUAAGGCUCAUUGGAUGCAAACGCCCACAAACGCUACAAUGGGAAAGUCAAAGGAGCUCAGCAUGGAUCUGAAAAAGCGAAUCAUUGACUUGAACAAGUCAGGAAAGUCACUUGGAGCCAUUUCAAAGUAGCUGCAGGUCCUAAGAGCAACAAUGCAAACAAUUCUUUGUAAGUAUAAAGUGCAUGGCACUGUUUUGUCACUGCCACGAUCAGGAAGAAAACGCAAGCUAUCACCUGCUGCUGAGAGAAAAUUGGUCAGGAGGGUGAAGAUUCAACCGAGAAUCACCAAAAAGCAGAUCUGCCAAGAAUUAGAAGCUGCUGGAACACGGGUGUCAGUGUCCACAGUCAAGCGUGUUUUGCAUCUCCAUGCAGGCAUGAAAAUCUCUCACCUUUCGGCGAAAUUCGCCGUUUUGAAGUCAAAAAGGGCGACCUACGUGAAUUGCGUAGUUCCGAGGAGAAAUUCUUUUUGGGAGGGGGGGGGGUGUUCGGG